CGCUCUUCUCACCACUGUUUGACGACUUCUUCGAGACCCUAGAUGAUGAUGCGGACGAUGAAGGUGAUGCGGAGGCGGCUGCAGGCGGGGGCAAGCGGGGAGUGGGCGGCGGCGGUCUGACGCUGCCGGGUCACGACCCCCGGGCCGUGGCGGCUGCAGCCGCCUGGGUGAUGGGCAACACGUGUGUGGAGCCGGGGUGGGGGAUGAGCUUCGUGGAGCAGCUGUUCAGGGUCGCCCACUGCUGGGGCGUUGCCCCCCUGCAGCGCGAGUGCGUGCGCCUGCUGCAGCGGUGCUGCUCCGCGCUGCCGCCGCAGCAGCUGCCCGCCGCGCUGGAGCUGGGUCGGGACAUGCAGCGGCUGCCGGGGGUGGCGGCGGGCGGGGAGCUGGUGGGGCGGCUGAGGAGGCGG